GUCGAUAUAAAAACCACCCUUUGUGAUCUUCUUCAUCAAUCACCCUUUGCUUUCUUCCAAUAUUCCACAUCAAAGCACCUUUCCACUUUUCCAUUCUAUAUCCCCCAUCUUUUCCUCCCUUAUUAAAAGCCGCAUGCAGCACCUAAGCUAAGCAUAACUUGUACACACUUACACUUGCACACAUAGGGAGAGAGGGUGAAGGUGAGAAUCUCAAUUGUUUAGCUUAUUCCGUGAGUGACUCUAUUCUAUUCCAUUAACAUGACAGGGAAGAGAAACCAAAUUACAACAAGUCCUGUGGGAAGUCCAACAUCUGGUAACAUCUCAGACAGCUCCUCCUCAAAAGAACAAGACAGGUUCCUCCCUAUAGCCAAUGUUAGCCGAAUCAUGAAAAGGGCACUCCCAGCCAAUGCCAAAAUCUCAAAGGAAGCCAAGGAAACAGUUCAAGAGUGUGUGUCUGAGUUCAUAAGCUUCAUCACUGGUGAGGCCUCAGACAAGUGCCAGAGGGAAAAGAGGAAGACAAUCAAUGGUGAUGAUCUUCUUUGGGCCAUGACAACACUAGGAUUUGAGAACUAUGUUGGACCCUUGAAGCUCUACCUGAACAACUACAGGGAAACUGAGGGAGAAAAGAGUUCUAUGGCAAAACAAGAAGAACACUCUCCAACUCAUCAAACCAAUAUUGAUGGGGUGGUGGUUGAAAUCAACAAGUUGCAUCAUUCUGUGGCAGCAACCAACAAAGCUGCAGACUUCAACACUUUCAGUGGUGGUGGCUUCUAUUCUGUGGGGCCUCAAGUGGCUGCUCCAAAGAGCUUCACUGAGAUUGGAGGGAUCAAUGGCUAUAGAGAAAGUUCCAUUGCUCAAAGUGCGGUCAGUGGUGAUCAUGAUGCAAGUGGCAAUAGAAUGAUGCCACCCAACCUACGUUAUAGGGUUGAAUGGUAGAUGUGAUAUGCAUACCAACAAGUUCAUGUCCCUUCCCCAUUAUAUAUUAUAUCAUAUCAUAUAGUAUAAUAUAUAUAAAUAAUAUUUUUAUUAUGAUAUAACUUUCGUUGCUGAUUAGCUAGACCAGGGAACGGAUCAGUUUAAUUUCUUGAUAUCUAAUGGUACAAUAUUUCACACACUUGGAGAGGAUAUAUUAAAUUAGUAUUAUUUAGUUACUCAAUAUAUAUAUAUAUAUAUAUAUAUAUAUGUAACACAGUUUAUUGGAGUUUGGAGUGUUUAGUAGUAUUUAUCUUGUGACAUGAGUCUUCCUUAGUGUUCAAGUCAAAAUGUUCACGAGAAUAUCUCUCUAAGAUCGUAUCGUACGGUACGAGAUUGUGAUGCAAAAAAGAUAAUCCAUGAGUUCAUCUUCUUCAUGUUGUUUGGGCGCUGCCAAUUUUUAUUGUAGAAGAGGUGAAAACUGAAAACUUGUCUACAUUUCAGCUUUUAA